UGCAGGAGCAGGACAGCUGAUAAAAACCGCUCCCGUUUGGCCACUCUUUGCGGUUUCUCCAGGGCAGAGCGAAAUCCAACAGCUGAUGAGAGCACCUUCCUUAGGCCACUGCUGCGACUACUGUGCAGAAAAAAAAAACGAAAACGAAACAAAACUUUCGUGACAGCAGUUCCCUUUUAGACAUUCUUCCAGUCCUUGCUACUGUUGGCGACUGACUCUUUCAACUACUCCUGCAGCUUGCAUAUUGAGUCACAUGAGCACAAGCCGGCGUCCCUCCUCUGUUCCGGUCGGCCUUAUCACUCAUGCCGCGGCACAAGACGUCCUUCCCUGUGAAGAGUAGGGGCCGAAAGGGUAAUCCGUCAGGGGCUUACUGUCGCCCGAGCCAAGAUCUGUUCAAGGCUGACUUAGGUCCCACGUGAAGGAAGGGUUUAUGAAAAAAGAGAAUGCGCUAGACUGCUUGAUACUGAGGUUCUCUGAGGUGCUCAUCUAUCAACGUUUCGAUAUUUAAGAGGGACCUCAGCUGUUGCCUACAAUACUACAUGCUUGAACCCGACAUGUAUCUGCAGUGCCGGGUGGACGAAUGGCAGAGUGAGCACGUGAAAUCCUGGCUCCUGGCCGUUUGCACCAACUUCGGCGUCAGUCCCGAGUUCUGCAACAUCAACGCCUUCAGUAUGUACACCGGCUUUCAACUUCGCAACAUGAGCUUGCAUGAUUUUUGCGGGAUCGACAGGCAGCACGGCGAACUCUUUCACACGCAGCUACACACUUACCUGAGAUCGGAGCAUGGCAGAGCGGUCCAGUACCAGACCUUAACCACAGAGGACUCUACCUACACAGUCCUUCAGCCUCGCCGCUCGAGUCCUCCUGCAAGUUCUUUUAGUCCUGCCGGUUCCUUCAGUCCCGCCGGUUCCUUCAGUCCUGUUGGCUUCAAUACUUGGCCUCAGGGAAACUCCAACACUCUCUCGGCAAGCUUCAGCCACAUGACUUCAGCAGGUUUCAGCGACUCGGAUUUUUCGAGAGGAGGCGUGGAGUUUGAGGAUAUUAACUCUAACGAUGAUGAGUCUAUCACCUGGUACGAGAUCGAUAACCUUUCGCCACUUCCCGAAACUCCAGAGAGUAUAGAUGAAGCAAGCAGAUCGCCAGAAGAAAGAACAAGAAGAAGAAGGGAAACCGGGCCCAAAGUGUGGCAGUUUCUCUGGGAACUUCUUCACGACCCUUCCUGCAACCCUUCGCUGAUCCGGUGGGAGAACCAGCUGGAGUUUUGCUUCCGUCUCGUCAAGCCCCACGAACUGGCGAGGAGAUGGGGCCAGAGGAGACGCGCGGCCAAUUCCCUCCCGUAUGAUUAUUUCGCUCGCUGCGUCAGGUAUCAUUACCAAACGGGUUACCUGGUAUCCGUACCGGAGAGAAAGCUCGUCUACAAAUUCGGAAGCAAAGCCAUCGUAAAGUUCGAACAUGCGAAUGUGGAAAAUCCCUCAGGCUUAUGAUUUACAAUGGAUGUGUUGAUCUAUGUGUAUAUAAAAACUAAUGUAAUUUUAAGGCUCUUUUUUAUAAUAUGUUAAAAUAUUUAGAUUUAUAUCUUGACGAAUUUCGUUGAAUAUACGCAAUAAAAGAAAAUCAACCAA